AUGUGGCUUUCCGACACACAAAAGAUUGGUGUCGGGUUAACAGCCUUUGGAUCCUUUUUUAUGCUACUCGGCGUUUUGCUUUUAUUUGAUGGAGGCUUACUGGCCAUAGGCAACAUACUAUUUCUAUCAGGAAUAACGAAUUCUUAUGGUAUUUCUCAAAUGGCCAGUGUUGGGGAUGGUGAUCGAACUGUUUGGUUUCCUAAAUCUAUUCGGCGAUUUCUUUCCCGUCAUCGUCAGCUUCCUUCGGAAACUACCUAUAAUUGGAAGUUUAUUGAACGCACCUGGUAUUUCUCAGGUGCGCCUCAUUCAUUAUUCUC